AUAAACAGAGCAAACAAACCAUGGCCACUUCCACACUAUCCAUUGUCACUUCCCCUUCCUACCACCACCACCACCACCACCACCACCAUCAUCAUCAUCAUCAUCAUCCCUUUCAACUCCCAAAACUCAACAUGCUCUCUACUUCCUUCUCUUCAUCACUCACUCAAUCUUUCCAUUCUUCUACCUCCUCCAUUGAUGAUCCUAACAUUAUUACCACUUCAUCAUCAUCAUCAUCAUCAUCAUCAUCAUCAUCUUUAUCUUUAUCUUUAUCUUCAUGUUUAUCAAAGAGAAGGGGAUUCCUUCAAUUAAGUGUUGGUGUUUUGGGGUCUUAUCUUGUACCUUUGGAUGCAAAUGCCACAAGAAUUGAGUACUAUGCCACUGUUGGUGAACCACUUUGUGACUAUAACUUUGCCAAGUCUGGCCUUGCCUAUUGUGAUGUUUCCAUUGGAAAUGGUGUUCAACCUCCCCGUGGAGAGCUCAUCAAUGUGCAUUACACAGCAAGGUUUGCUGAUGGAACUGUGUUUGAUAGUAGUUAUAAGCGAGGAAGACCUCUCACUAUGCGUAUUGGUGCUGGAAAAGUAUUACCGGGACUUGAUCAAGGAAUAAUGGGUGGUGGUGGUGUGCCUCCGAUGUUAGCUGGGGGGAAACGCAAGCUCAUGAUUCCUCCAAAAUUAGCCUAUGGAUCUGAACCAGCUGGAUGCUUUCAAGGUGAUUGCAAUAUUCCAGGCAAUGCAACUCUUCUAUAUGACAUUCUUUUUGUUGGAAUUUACAAAUGAAAAAAGCAAAACAAUAUGAAGGCAAGGAAAAGGGAGAGCAAAAGUGGAGAGGGAGGGUUAAAAUUUAAAAGGAGGAGUGAGUGAUUCUUGGAAGGCCAAAAGUGCUUUUUUCUCUUGACUUUUUUGCUUUAGUUUUUUUUUGGUGUGUUGUGUGUGAGUGGAGAAGUUAUAUACUUCAUUUGUAAGUAAAGAGUUUUUGGUAAAUAUUUGAAGAAGAAGAAGAAGAGAAGAAGAUAAACUUGAUUGAAUCCAA